CCCGUCGUCUCAGACUCCUACGGGAACUCCAGUCUAGUUGCAUGGCCCCUGUAUUCACCACAGUCUUCGUCGCAUUUAUUGCAAUCGUCGCCGGUCUCGGUCUGCACCUGAAACCCUAUUUACAGGCUGUCGGCUUGGGGAAGACUGUGACCCCUGUUGGCAAUAGCAAGUGCAGGACCCUCCCUGAGCUACAGGCUUGCGAAAAGGUCGUACUCCACGAGCCUUCGGGGCACCUCUGGCUUGCAUGCUCGAAUUUCGAGGGCCGCAAGCACUGGACGCCGGCUCUCGACCGUCUCGAUGCAUCCAGGAGGUCGACUGACGACUACGUUGCGCGCGUUGACCCUGAGACCAACACAGUCACUCGCAUGAAGCUCACGAGUUUCACAGAGGAGCGUGGGCUGUCCGUGCAUGGCAUGGAUGUUGUGCCCUCCGAAAUAGACCCCACCAUCCUUUAUGUGUAUCUUGUCAACCACCGUCCGCCCAUUCAUGGCGAUGCAACCAGAAUCGGUGCAGACUCGGUCAUUGAAAUCUUUGAGACGAGGCAGGGCAGCGAGACGCUCGAGCACGUUCGCACAGUACACGAUCCCGAGGUGAUCAUUACGCCGAACGACGUCAUGGGAUCUUCAGACGGCAAAAGCUUCUUCUUCACGAAUGAUUAUGGCAUCAAAGCUGGCUGGAGGCGUACACUCAAUUUGCUGCUGCAGCUCUCGGGCGGAUCUGUUGGUUACUGUCAUCUUCACACGGGCUGCAAGCUAGCUGCCCGCAACGUCCAUGCCGCGAACGGAAUUGUCAAAGGCAGAGGUGCGAACGAAACAGUGUUUGUAGGAGACAAUGUUCUGGGAGAUAUCAGCGUGUUCGAAAAGCAGGCAGAUAACUCUCUCGUACUUACUGAAGUCAUCAAGACCGGUAUUGCUCACGAUAAUCUUGCUAUCGAUGGGAACGGAGCACUCUGGACUGCCGGGUUGUCCGAUGGUCUAGGGUUUAUGCUGAAGCAAUUCAAGGAGCCGCCUGCGAAGAUCGCAUCUUCGGCGCUUCGAGUGACCGUGAACCAUGGUGUAGGCGCGUUUUACGGAGAGAAGUACAAGAUUGACAAGGUGUUCGAAGAUGCUGGUGAACUGGUAUCUGGUUGUACCUCAGCAGUAUAUGACUCUACAAAAGGGCGGUUGUAUAUGCACGGACUAGCGUCCCCUCACCUGACUAUCUGUGAGCUUUGAGGACACACUAGCAAAAAAACAUAUGUAUGUCCGUACAACAUAUAAUAAGUAUGCUUAGUAGC